AUGAAGGAGUUCGAUUUGGAUCCUACAAAGGUAGCAGUCUCAUUGAAGUACACACUGAAUGACGAUUUGCCUCCAAUUAGAAUCAGAAAUGACAGUAAUGUGCUCUCUUACAUCAUGCUCAAGGAUAUGGAGCGCGAACCUACUAAAUACCCACUAAUCAUUGAUGUUACGGAGGCAGAAGAUAUGGCAUCAGACAUUUGCGAAGCAGCAAUUGAAAAUGUAAGUCACAUUUAUGACAACGAAAUCCCAGUUGAUUAUGUUGCAGAUGGUAGAGAGGUCGAAGAAGGAAGAGUCUUCUGUGAUAAAGAUAUUUUAAAGUUAAGUCUGUCACUUUUUGCCAUACAGAAUAUGUUUGAGUUUAUGGUGGAGCGAGCAGACAAGAAAGAAUAUGUUGUGAGGUGCUCACAAGAGAGAUGUAGUUGGAUAUGCAGAGCAUCCAAAUGGGGUAAAACAGAACUGUUUAAGAUUCGGAAGAUUGGUAGUCACACAUGUGCAUCAAAUGUAGUGCUGGGGUCACACAGGCAACUAUUAGCUACAAUUGUGUCCUCUAACAUCAAGUACAAGUAUACAUCAUCUUGUACUAUAUACACACCGAAUGAUAUAUGCAGUGAUAUGUUGCAUACUUAUAGGGUUUAUUUAAAUUAUUCGAAAGCGUGGAGAUCUCGUGAGCAAACCCUGAAGAUGAUAACAGGUGAUCCGACCGAUUCGUUCGGUAACAUACCAAGGUUUUUCUACAUGCUUCAACAAAAUAAUCCCGAGACGGUCACAAACUUGGAGGUUGACAGUCACAAUCACUUCAAGUAUUGCUUUAUGGUACUUGGUGCAUUAAUACGCGAUUGGAAACAUUGUAGGCCUGUAAUUGUGGUUGACGGUAGGUACUUGAAUGAUCACUACGGAGGUACACUUUUCAUAGUGUGUACGCAAGAUACAAGUAACAGUGUAUUCGUCAUUGCAUUUGGGAUUGGAGAUAAUGAGAACGAUAAAUCUUGGAUAUGGUUUUUAGAAAACUUGAAAAAGGCGUACGGGAAUAAAGAAGGGCUAUAUUUUGUAUCGGAUCGGCAUAAUAGUAUAAAGAAUGCAAUAGAACAUGUGUAUCCGGGAACCUAUCAUGCUAUCAGAGCUUACACAUUGGAAGAGUUUGAAUAUCAUAUGCGGCAACUAGACACAAUGAAUCAGAAGAUUAGCGCUUACCUGGCUGAGGUUGGACCUGAAAAGUGGUCACGAAUCCAUAUGCCAGAAAAUAGGUAUUCAACAAUGACAUCGAACAUCGUGGAAUCAGUCAAUGCAGUCACAAAGAUAGCCAGAAAUUAUCCAAUCGUAUGCCUACUGGAGUCAUUACGACAAACUACGCAAAACUGGUUUUGUAAACACAGAGACAACGCGUAUGGGACUUUCACAAAGUUGACAAGCAAAUACGAGAACAAGAUCAGAAAAAUAAGUAUAGAUUUAAAGAACCUGAGGGUUUUUCCUUCCAACCAGUCAGUGUUUUCUGUUAGCAGUGAUAUGACAACUUUCGUUGUUGAUAUUGAAAAACAGACAUGCAUAUGCAGGAUGCUACAAGUUGAUUUGUUACCAUGUCCACACGCAUUGGCCAUAAUUGCAAAUACAAAAAGGGAUCAAUAUACUUUCUGUUCUUAUUAUUACACACGUAAUGCAUACUUGAACGCAUACGAAGACUCUAUAUAUCCUGUUGAAAAUCCAAGUGAAUGGACAUUGCUUAAAGAAGUGCUUCAUGAAAUUAUCUUAGAUCCUAACCAGAAACGGAGUUGUGAAAGGCCAACUGAGAAGAGGAAGAGAUUAUCCAGAGAAGGGAAACCAACAGUGAAAUGUGGGCGCUGUGGAGAACAUGGUCACAACCGUAGGAGAUGCUCCAAUCUUGGCCCAUUGAGCUAA